AUGGAGGUGACGAGGUAUCAAUUCUCCAGGUCAGCCAACAGUUCAGAGGAAAGAGUCCUGGCUCACUACGGAAAGGUGUCGCUGUUACUGGAAGGACAGACAGACUUUCCGGAAGAACUGCAAGGCACCAAGAAAGGAAUGUUGUAUCUCACCCAGUACAAAAUCAUAUUCCACCACAAAGAUAAGGGAUCCACCGUUCUUCGUUUCCCACUGCAGCUCCUAGGAGAUUGUGUUCUGGAGGAAGAGCCAGGUUCCAAAUCUCAGCAUAUCAGAGGGACUCUGAUGUCCAUCCAGGGAGUUCUCGCCUUCCAGUUCACCUUCCAGGAUGGAGCUUCUGAUUGUCUAAACAUGAUCAAAGAGCUGGCGGAAGCAGACAUGCUGAGAGAAGCGACCAGUCUCCAGGAAUACCCCACGGCCUCCAUCUACACCUACGGUCAUCCUGCUGCACGUCGGACCGCUCGGGCCUUCAGCACGCUGCCGCUGUGGCCGCCCCCUUACCCUGGACCCCCUGACCUUCCUCCUCCCUAUGUGGAAGUGGAGGCCGCGUCUCCGAGAGGCAGCAGAGGUUCAGAUGCAGGGAACCAGCUGUGCUGUUUCCGUUGUGGAGGACAAAGGAUCCCAGAAGCAGUUGACAGGCACGAUUGA